AUGCAGAAAAGGAUCUCAUGGCAUCGGCCGCCCCAGCUUGCAAUUCUUACCUGUGGGGUGUGGCUUGCUCUCGCGGACAGAGCGAAGGUCUCGUCAGUGCUACCACCGCACGGCAGCACCGCUGGUGGCACGCACAUCGUGCUGCUGGGAAGUGGAUUUCGAGACCCGAGCGGUCCCGACCCCUUCGGCUGCUGUUCUGUUUCCGUCGGUGGCGAGCCAUGCACCAUUCUUGAGGACUUUACGACCUCGGAGCAGAUUCUCUGCGAAACGCCUGCUGGACAUGAAGGUCCACCAGUUGAGGUCUGCCUCAGGUUGCAUGCCGAUGGACCAUGUGAGCCGAGCUGUGCUGAUUGCAGAUUUCAAUACACAGAGGAGGAGACCCCGUACAUUUCAUGGAUCUCCGCACGGGCGCUUUCUGCCGGAGAUCAGAUUGCUUUCGGCGCCGCUGAACCUGGCGCCUUGCAGGUCUCGGGUCUCGACCGUGCCCUCAUUGAGAUCGGCAGUUUCAUUUGCGAUGCCGGGGCACAUGAAGUGCUGAAUUCAGAUGAUUUUUUCCUUGAGAGGCGGACUUUGAAUUGUGUUUUGCCGGACACCGCUGGACCUGGCCUCUCGUUGCUGCGGAUCCGGGCUCUGCCCAUGGGUUUGGAUGAUCCAAACUGCGCGCACUACCCUUGUACAGACCACAGCAGCCAGCCACGGGGCUUUGGAUUCGCUGUCUUCCGCGCGUGGCAGGGCCAGGCAGAACUGCCGCCGGCAUUUCUCGACGGCGACUUCAAGCCAUACGAUUUGACAAUUCAUCCCGACAUCCUCGGGAUCAGCCCAGGUUUUUCCGGCAUUCUUGGUGGAGCGACAAUCAACAUAUCUGGAAGCGCAUUCGAUCCGAAUGUGAGCCAAACGACAGUGAUGGUUGGCACAGAGCCUUGCCAAAUUACGCAAGUCCUGCCGGGGAUGCUGACGUGUGAGCUGGCAGACCUGCAAGAGAAUGUCAGCUGCAUUGACUUCGAGGUCUUUGUGGGUGGAAGUCCCUCUUCAGGUGCGAAAUCAAUCCAGUACAAUGCGAACGUCAUGGAAAUCGCUUCAUGCCCCCAUGCAGAGGGCAAGGGUGCUGACUCGGGACGGCAAUUUACAGUCAGCAUGAACAUCACGAGCCAACGUGGCUACUACUGGACCGAGGACUCCUGCCAGGCUGAAGGGCAUCACGUCAGGGGCGAGAUGGUCGAGAGUAGCGAGGAACGACUGACUUUCUGCUGUGCUAUGGAUGGGACCACGUGCGAGGGUCCUCGAUUUGGCCAGGUGACGACAUCUCUGCCAACUUAUUGGGAAGGAUGGGGAACCUGGGUGCAGAUUGGAACGACGACAGAAAAUCCCAUGUACGGAUCAUGCUUCCCGCCGCUGCCGCACCGGGACGCGCUCCGCACCUGCGAGCUGAAGGGCAUGAGGUUGUGCACUCGCAUGGAGUUGAACUCUGGCCUUUGCUGUUCGGCCGACUGCAGCUCCAGUGAUGGCACAGCUGCAUGGACGUCGGACGAGGGCUAUUUGCAGGAGCUGGUCAUCACUGCAGACGACGGCGAACCCUGGCAGGAGGAGCUGUGGAUCCGCUGUGAAGAGAGGUGCGGCUUUCCGUUCAAUGUCACGUAUCCAGACCCGGGCAACGAGACCACAACGACGACAACCAAGUAUUCACCAGCGGAGAUCGCUCUUUGGGAGUUUGCUCCAUGGCUCCGCCCGGACGACUACAUACCUCCGGAGGAACAGGAGGGCCCGGUGCCUCUGGGGCCACCGGUUCCGGAGCCGCUGCGCCCCUUUGAGUCCCCGCACUUGCUGGCGCCCUUUGCCGGGAACCGAGGCCUGCGCUACAGUGUCUACGCAAACCCGGGCAACCUGCCUGUCCACCGCGCCCUAGGUUCUUCAAACGCGGGAUAUCCGCAAAGCCCCUUGAUGACCGGCACGAUGGUGGAUGUUCUUCGAGGAGCCCUUGCCCACGUCAAGUUCGAUCCCAUCCCGCAGUCUGCCCGAUCUGCGAAGCGAACCUAUGCUGCUCUCCUCAAUAACUAUAUGUAG